AUGAAACCCUCUGAAGCUUCCAGCGCUGACCUCAGUACCGACCCCAGACUUCAAAAAAAACAACGACGAAGAGAUGAAGACCCGCCCAAUCUUUUCGCCAUGGCAAGAGAUGGUGCUACUUCUCUGAUGGAGUGCGACGACUCCUCACCUGCUAUCUCUUACAAGGAUGAUGUAACGAAGUCCACUGCUGCUCAACCAGACUCUAAAACUGUUGAUCUAGAAGAUGAUGAUAUCGAACUACUCGAAGAGGAUAUCACUCUUGGCUCCUCUAACGAUAAUGGUUGUAGAGGGCGUUUUGCAUGCAUAGCCGUUAGCCUCAAUCUUCAUCGGCCUUUGGUAUCCAAACUCCUCAUCAAUGGUUGCCUCCAAAUUAUAGAGUAUGAAUCGCUUCCCACUAUUUACUUCCAUUGUGGCAUCUACGGUCACCAUAAAUACAUUUGUCCGCAGCUACCAGCACAGAGAGAUGUCCAACCAAUGACUGAGAUUCCUCCGCGACAACCUCAGACUACAGAAAACUCAGUUUUGGAUGAAGCUUUCGGGCCAUGGAUGCUCGUGGAAAGGAAAAAACGUAAUUCCAGGAAUGUUAAUUAUGUAAAACAAUUAGUCCAUGAUUCCAGCCCCAUCAUAGAAAAAUCAAAUCCCGUUUUUAAAGCUAUCCCUAAUAAUCAGGAAAAUAGGUCAAAAUCUAGGGUGAUUGAAAUGGAAUCCACGAUGCCAUCUUUAGUAUCGCCUUUAAACCCUAAAAUUAGCUCAUUAAUUGAACCAAAGAGUAAUCCUCCAGAUAAAAACAAAUCAAAUGAUAAGGCUCCAACAAAUCCAAAAAAAGCCCCAGCUGUCCCUUACGCCCCCAAGAAGCAAACCCACCUUGGAGGUAAACCCGCCAAACUGCAUGCAUUAAUUAAAAACCCCAUGCAAGGAUCACGUAACACAACUAAUGGAGCUUCUUCCUCCAAUUUGCCACGAUUAAACUCGGCUGAGAAUCUCGACCCUAACAAGCAUCACGCUGUGAAGCUAAUAAAUGAAGACAAUCCCCACAUCCCAACCAAAGCUCUAGUUCCUCCUGCAACUAGCAAAAGCCCCGAUGCCAUGAUGGAAUAA